ACAGCUGCAUACCAACAGAAUCAGAUCAUCAAAUAUACAAGCCACGAAUUAAAGGCAGGCACUGCAUUUCAAGUUUAAUCAUGGCUCCCACUAUAUUGCCACAAGCUGGUGAUCACCUUGCUUCAACUGGGGCCAACAAAGCUCCGUACACCUACACUGAUCCCCUUUCAGAGGUUCCAACUCUCUCUGGUGUUGAUGUAUCAGCUGAUGGCUCUACCCCUAUCAUCGACAUGGAAGCCCUUCUCGGUCCUCACCGAUCUGAGAUCAUCAAACAGAUUGGCCUUGCAUGCGAGAAAAACGGCUUUUUUGCGGUGAAGAACCAUGGAAUUCCAGAAAUGAAGAUCAACAGCAUGCUGGGCACGGCAAGAGAGUUCUUCCACUUGCCGGAUGAAGAAAGGUUGAAAUUUCGCUCUACUGACCCGAACAGUGUCAUCAGGCUGGUCACGGGCUUUCAAGACAAGACCCGGAAUAUCUUUGUCUCGAGGCAAUCCUUGAAAUUCCACUCGCAUCCCGUUGAAGAAUACAAGAGCCAAUGGCCUUCAAAUCCUCCUUCUUUCAGGGAAAAUGUUGGAGAAUAUUGUGCAAGUGUGAGAGAGGUGGAGGUAGCAAUACUCGAGGCCAUAUCAGAGAGCUUGGGCCUGGAAAGGGAUUACAUAGACAAGAUAUUGAAAGGACAUUAUGUGUCCAUUAAUUACUAUCCAGCUUGCCAGGAAUCAGAACUUGAUGUUACUUAUGGAGUUCGGACUCACACUGAUCCAACUAUAAUCACUAUUCUGAUGCAAGAUGAUGUGCCUGGACUUCAGGUUAUUAAUGAUGACAAGUGGAUAAAUGUUAAUCCUCUUCCAAACGCCGUUGUUGUUCAUGUUGGAGAUAUCCUGCAGGCACUUAGUAACUACAGAUACAAGAGUUUGCUUCAUCAAGCUAUAGUGAACUGUGAGAAAGAGCGUGUAUCCAUUGCCAGUUAUUGCUAUCCAUCGGAUGAUGCUAUGAUAGGACCUGCUAAGAAGCUGGUAGGCAAGGAUCAUCCAGCAAUCUAUAAAGAUUUCACUUACAGAGAAUUCCACGAAUCCAUGUGGCGAGUAAAGUGUUCAACAGCUAAGCGAUUAGACUUGUUCAAGGCUCGUGCUGAUUAACUCCAUUUUCUGCACCGGUCCUGCUGUUGGGAUGCUCGAGACAUAUAGUAGCUUUACUCAAUAAGAAUUUCCAGCAGUUUUUCUGAAUUAUGACUUACAAUAAAUUUUAUAAAUGGCAGCUAAGAUCUUUCUUCUUAUA